UCUCCACACGUCCGGACUGCGAACGCUUUCGAACCUUCCAGUGUGUCCAAACUUUUUGUCCCGAGCGGAAGCAAACUAAAACCAUGUGCGCCGAAUGCUCGACAUUUUGCCGACAAACUCCGUCAGAGGCGAACCUGGAUGAGAGGAUGGAACCACAGACGAAAGGAGAACCGGCGAGUUGUCAGCGGGGAAGCGGGCAGCCCCAGCCGGGCGAGGGCGCCUCUCGGGCUGGAGCGGACUGCCUGGAGCAGCUGCUCGCCCUGACUGGCGCCCUGGAGGAGAGGAGAUCCGCUUGGGCGCAGAGAGCUCGACUGUUGGGGCUGGAGGGUGUUGAGCCGCCGGGGGAUCAACUCUGGAGGCUCCGUCAGUGUUUGGCGCACAUGGACAGCAUUGCACUGCAGCUCUUUGACUAUUACCAGGUCAAUGGUAAAGAGCUGUCCAAGUCCAGCCAUGAGGAGACGUUGGAGAGCUUCCUCCCUGCCAAGGACCCCGUCGUGGUCCAAGUCAUCCGGCGGACCCCCAGCGGCCGACCCCACGGCCCGCCUCAGGAAAUCCAUGUGGUGGAUGUGUGCACUCAGACCGACAUCACCUUCGAACACAUCGUGGCGCUGGCAAAGCUGCGGCCUACGACGCCUCCCGUGCCUGACGUCUGUCCUUUCUUGCUCAGCGACAGCUGUCACUCCCUUCACACCAUGGAGCAGGAUUACUACGAAGGCACCGACUACCUCUCGCCGCUUCCGGUCGACGCCGACAGGACGCAAGAGUUGGAGUAUGAGGAAGUGGAAUUGUGCCGACUCAGCAGUCAAGAAAAGCUGGGGCUGACUCUGUGCUAUAGGACGGAUGAGGAAGAGGACGUUGCCAUCUAUGUCAGCGAGAUCUGUCCCAACAGCAUCGCCGCCAAAGACGGUCGCAUCCGAGAGGGGGACCGCAUAUUACAGAUUAAUGGGCAGGAUGUGCAGGACCGAGAGGAGGCCAUGGCUGCGCUCUCCAACGAAGAGUGCCGCAGCAUCGUCUUGCUGGUGGCCAGGCCCGAGAUGCAGCUGGAAGAGGCCUGGCUGGAUGAUGAGCACAGCGAGUUCCUGGAGCAACUCAAGAUGGAAAUGCUGGAGGAACAGCGGUGCGAGGAGAUGGAGUUGGCCGCCUUCCAGGAGGAACAAGAGAGCGGACAGCGAGAAGAUGACGACAAGCCCACCUGCUCCACCCUCACCCAGCAUCAGGACAGGGGGCGGAUCCUGAAAGAGAGACAGGACAAUUCCGAGCGGAACGUCCUGGCGCAGAUCCAGAGGCGCCUGUCGCAGUGCCUCCGGGACAACCGGCGCCCGGAGGAUGAGGACGACGGCGAGGACGUGGCGGCGGAGGGCGACCGCUACCAGCAGCUCCUGGAGCUCAAGUGCCAGAUCCGCAACAGCGGCGAGUACGACCUCUUCUACAGCCGGCGCAGCACCAUCGAGUGCAGCCUGGGCGAACCGGGCGGAGUCCAGCACGAGCUGCGCAUGCUCAACGAGGAGCUUCGCAGUAUCGAGCUGGAGUGCCAGAACAUCAUGCAGGCGCACAAGCUCCGCAAGGGCCAGCAAUCAGCCAGUCCCCUUCGGGGGGAGCCCGGCAAAGGCAAACUGGCGGACAUCAACGGGCGGCUGGAGAAGUCGGACAAGGACAGCUCCAGCGCCUAUAACACGGCCGAGAGCUCCCGGAGUACUCCUCUGGCUAUGGAUCGCUCCCCUGAACAUUCCCUCCAGAGGAUGGUGAGCCUCACCAACCAGAGGAACCUCCGCAGCAGCCUCGCCGCCGGACCCUCGCUCAGUCCCAGCCCCGUCCCGGGUUGCCGGGCCCCGUUGCUGGGCAAGAGCAGCAGCCCGGACCACAGCAACCCCUCUGAGUCGGACCAGAUGCUUCAACCCGAGGAGGAGCGGAGUCGAGGGAAACCCAAGGCCCGGGUGACGCAGAUCCCAUACUUCUCUCCGUCGCACAGUUCCCAGCAGCGGCCGACCAACAUCCCCGCGCACGCCCGCCACUACCAGAGCUACAUGCAGCUCAUCCAGCAGCGCUCAGCCGUGGAGUACGCCCAGAGCCAGCUCAGCCUGCUCAGCGUGUGCAACAAAGAGCCGCAGGCGGCGCCUCUCCUCCUGGACGAGCCCAAAAUGGAGUGGAAGGUGAAGAUCCGCAGCGACGGCACGCGUUACGUCACCAAGCGGCCAGUGCGCGACAAGAUCCUACGGGAGCGAGCGCUGAAGAUCAAGGAGGAACGCAGCGGCGGCAUGACCACGGACGACGACGCCAUGAGCGAGAUGAAGAUGGGCCGCUACUGGAGCAAGGAGGAGAGGAAGCAGCACCUGGUCCGCGCCAAGGAGCAACGCAAGCGGCGCGAGUUCAUGCAGCGCAGUCGCUUGGAGAGCCUGAAGGAGAACCCGCAGAGCAGCGGCGAGGCCAGCAUCAUCGAGUUGAGUCACAAGAAGAUGAUGAAGAAGCGCAACAAGAAGAUCCUGGAUAACUGGAUGACCAUCCAAGAGCUGAUGACGCACGGGACCAAAGCUCCGGAAGGGGCGCAGGUGCACAACGCCUUCCUGUCGGUCACGACGGUGUAAAAAAAAAAAAAAAAAGCGUACUCUCUACCCGUGCUGGGUGAUAUGAAUCUAAUUGCCUCGUUCAAUGUGGCAUUUUUAUGAGGACGAUAGGAGUAUUUUUCACACUUUGUACACCCAGAUAGCAUUUUGUAAAGAGUUUAUCCGUGGCACUAUGGCAUCCCCCUUUGACAUUUUUCUACAGAUGGAUGACAUUGUCGCCUAUUUUCCCAGUCGCAUCCAAAACCAAACAAACUCGGACGUGAAUGUUUGUUUUUCCUGCAAUGUUUUAAAAGGCAGCAUCUGUUAAUCUAUGUGGACAUUUAUUCAAUAGGCCGGAAACAGGAAAAUCAGAAAAUAAGGAUUCAGAAAGUUUCCUAUUCAGUUCACAAUUGUCUUUUAGUUUUAUUAUUUUCCAUCCCUGGAUUGUUUAGUUUGCCACUGAGCAGGACUCAGCUGAUUGGAUUUCUUAUUGCAAGUAUAAAGUCAAAUUGAAAUUUAUUUCCAUUGCUUCAAAACGGAAAUCUUGUAAAUUUCACAUAUGAAACGGAUCCCUUUGUCUUUGUUUCGAGUCCGUGUGCCAUGGUCUUACGUAAACACGUAGUCGGCAAAUGUGUAGCCAGUUGGAAAAAAAAUGUGAUGGUGCUCUUUGCAAAAUAAAUGACAAUAAAUUGUCAUCUUCUCUUC